UCCUAUGACGACUAUGGUGGGGCCUCUGAGAAUCGGGAUGAACAUCGAGGUUGGGAACGUUUCUUACACGGGAGCCAUCAUCUCCUGGUCGUCCUCGGAGCCCUGCCUGGAGGACUAUUACCACAUUAUGUACAGGCCCAACUGGAACAGCAUCUUCUCCGGCUAUCUGCGCUACAGCUUCCACCACGAGGAGAAGGUGCCUCGAACCAUCAGCUCCGUGGUGCUGGAGCAUCUCGCCCCUUCCACUCUCUACUUCCUGUGCAUCAGCUGUAAGAAGGCUGCUUUUCCUUACAGGCACUACUGCACCAUGUUCCACACCCUGGAUAAGAGCCCGCUGGCUGCUGGAGGCUCCCUGGUGGACCCCCAGAUCUCGCUUUGGGUGCUGAUGGCCAUCCUGCUGGCCUGCUUCACAGCCGUCCUCGCCUUCAUCUGCCUCCAGUUCUGGUGCAUCCGUUGCCACGAGCCUCGGUGGUCUUACAGAGCCGGCCACAUGGAGGAAGCCAACGGGCUGGUGCGAUGGCCGGAGGAGGCCCCGGCUCUGGGGCAGAGGGAGGAAGACCUGCAGGGGCUGCCCCUGGUGGGGAUGCCACGCAAGAACUCCGGAGCCGAAGCUGCACCAGAAGCCGCCGCAGGCCCGGAGGCCCCCGACACAGGUGACUUACAGCGGGAGGGCGCUGACCAACCCGCCGUCCUGCCCUGUCCUGGGGAGUGAGCGGAAGAGGAGACGGCCCGCACCAUGGAGCCUGAAGCCCUCCACUCAGUAGGUCUUUUGUAAAAAUGUGUCUAAACACCACCCGCUUCUCUCCCGUCAAAUGUCAGUGCUACCGCGGAUCGCCUGGGUUGGACAAAUGCCCGAUGACGAAGCUCUCAAGCUGGAAAAUGUACC